AUGCCCUCGGUUCGUAAAUUUGCCCUGCACUACGACGUGCUCAACGGGCAGGGCACCUUUUCCGAGGGGGACACGAUCACAGGCAACGUGCGCCUGAGCCUGGAGAGACCGACCAGAGUGAUGUGCGUCGCCGUCAAAGUCAAAGGGGACGCGGACGUGCAGUGGACGGAGCGAGCGGGCAACGAAGACAAGUGUUACAGUGAGCACAAGCGAUUUUUCGGGUUUAAAAAACAUCUGAUUCCGGAAAAGUCAAAAGACACUCUACUUUCCGAAGGGACCCAUCGCUACAAUUUCAGAUUUCAGAUUCCACCUGGAAACCUGCCAUCGUCCUUUCAGGGGAAACAUGGAAAGAUUGUCUACUUGCUUGAGGCAAAGCUUUCCAGAAGCUGGAAAAUGGACCGUAAAGUAAUCAAGGAACUAAAGUUUGUCUCCAAGUCCAUUCCGAACAUUCGUCCACUGAUGCUCAGCAGCAAACAGUUCCCACCCUUGGAAAAAUGGCGUCUUCGGCCCAAAGCUAACACAUAUUAG